AUAACCAUGAGGUCAAACGAUUCCCAAUUUAAUAAAAGCAUACCAUGAAUCGCCAAAAAUAUCAUUGUUACAUAAUUUCUACCCGUUCCCACUUCUCCACUUGAAAAAAAAAAAGAAAAAGAAAAAUAAUUUCAUAGUUUAUACAUCAUGCACAUGUUGUGUAUGUGCACCAUAUAUAAUAAUUACAUAACCCCCUUCAAGGCUAUAAAUGGAGGAGCACAUCCUCAAAAAGUAGGGGAGAGUACUCUACUAAAAUACUAUAUGCUAGCUUGAUACAUAGUACUCCAUCCUCAUACAUUAAAAUUCGAAGCCACAAAAUCUGUUAGGUUUAUCGUAAAAAAAAAAGAGGUUAUGGAUAAUUCGCAGGAGGACAAGAAGCGAUUAGGUUCUUCUUGGCCUCUCGCCAAUUGUUUUAGUAAUUGUUUGGCUAUGCCCGUUUCUUCUCGUUCAAAGUUGGAACAGUCUUCACCAGGAAGUAGUGAUAAUCAUCAAGAUGAGGAAAAUCAAAAGGACUUUUCUUCAUCGGAGAAUACUCGCCGACGAAAGCCCGGUGGUUGGAAGGCUAUGCCGUUUGUCUUAGGAAACGAAACAUGUGAGAGGUUGGCAAACAUAGGACUGUUGUCCAAUUUUAAUGUGUUCUUGCUGACGGUAUUUCACUUGGACCAAGUGAGCGCUUCAAAUAUGGUGAACAUAUGGUCUGGUGCUACCAGUUUUCUGCCAUUACUUGGUGCUUACAUUUCUGAUGCCUUUGUUGGCAGAUUCGUCACCCUUGCUUUCUCCUCCAUAUCUGCCUUGAUGGUACGUGUUUUUUUUUUUAUUCCCAACGUCACGCACUUAAUUUGAUGAUAAACCAAACCAAAAGAACGACCACCAUUCACCUUAAAUAAUUCAUAUAGACCUUGUUAUUCAAUAAAUUAUUAAGCAACAAGCCUUGCACCAAUCAUGUGCUUGCAGGUUGAGAUGCAAUCUUGUUCGGCAAAAAUUGGACUUUUUUGGGAUUUUUUUUUUUUCAAAUCUAGAAGUGAUACACACACACACACACACACACACACACACACACACACACACACACACACAUAUAUAUAUAUAUAUAUGUACUACUACUUAAAAAAGUGAUAUAUGAUGCGAUGAGAUUAAUUGUGUUAUUUCAUACAUCACUUUUUUUUUGACAUCUCAUUAGAUGAAAUCCCAGAAAAUCCAUGAACUCAUAUUAGUGAUUAGGGGAUUGAAUUGACUGAAUAAAGUGAAAUAGUGUGUAAUUUGAUAGAGAUGAAAAAGACACAAAAUCACUUACCAUGUAUUAUUUAUAUUUGUAUAAAAUUUGUAAAUUUGUCUUUAAUAAUUGUAUUAUACAUUUUUUCUUUGUUUUCUAUUUUUUUAAACCAAUUCAUUUUCACUUCAUUACUUAAUGUUUCAUGUCAUGACCACAAUUUGCUGGUUCUAUGUCGAGAUAUUUUCCCCUUAGUUGAAAAUUAUAUGAUGAAAGUGAUAUAAACAUAAGGGAAUUCUACUAAAAUUCAUGCACAUGAAGACACGAUUUGUAAACUUUUAUUGUUUUUACGUGUCACGUUAACUAUUAUUUAACUUUUUAUCACAUGUUCAUUCACAGCAAUUUGUUUUCAUUACUUCUCUUUUUUUGUUUUUGUUUUGUGGCAUUAAGGAAAGUAAAUUUAAUAUUGUUCCUUUCAUUUUUGUCAUUUAGCUUUUGGGAAUUGUUUUUUCCCCCCAAAAAAAGUUAUGUUCUCAGCCUUGGAUCCAAAUAGGGUUGCAUAAUCAUAAAUGGACUUAGACAUAUAUUGCACAAGACUUCUUAUUUCCCAGUUUCGUAAAUAUCAGCCACAGGAAUUCGAGAAAGAAGUACCACAUAAUUAAAUUGUCUCUCAAAUUAAAUAAACCAAUUUUCUCCCAAUAAUUAUAACUUUUUUCUUUAAUUACAUUUUUCUCCCAAAACUUUAAUUUGUUGGAAAAGUACAAACUUUUGGAAUGUGUAAUCCACUUGAAUUGUUUACUACUAGUCUCUUCCGUGUCAUGUCAACAAAUAAUUAGAUGACUUGUGCAUUCGAAACCAAUCAUCUACCAAAUUUAGCUAGUUGUCAUCAAUUCGUGAGCUAUGUUGGAAAGAAUAAUUAAUAAAUGAUCAAUAUGUACAAGAAAGUUCAUGAAAAGCAAGCAGUAGAUUUCUGGAAUUUUCUAAAAUACGGAAUUUCUGGAAAUUGCGUAAAAUGCAGGGAAUGGUGACAUUGACAUUAGUUCCAUGGAUUCCGAACCUACACCCACCGCCAUGCCCUACGAAGAAAUCAUGCAAAGGUCCAACGUCAUCACAGAUGGGAUUCCUGGCCUUAGCGCUAGGGUUUUUGUCCUUGGGAUCAGCAGGAAUUAGGCCGUGCAGCAUCCCAUUUGGCGUUGACCAGUUUGACCCGAACACUGAGGAAGGAAGAAAAGGAAUCAACAGCUUCUUCAAUUGGUAUUACACCACUUUUACGGUGGUAAUAAUCUUGGCUUUGACGGUGACGGUUUACAUCCAGACUAACGUGAGCUGGGUGGUGGGAUUUGGGAUACCCACGUUACUUAUGGUUGUUGCCAUAAUUCUGUUCUUCCUGGGGACCAGAGUGUACGUAUAUGUGAAGCCAGAAGGGAGUAUUUUUUCAGGCAUUAUUCAAGGGCUAGUUGCUGCUUACAAGAAACGUAACGUUAAGCUUCCCGAGAAUGGAGAAUUUGAUGGAAUAUACUACGACCCGCCACUAAUGAAGGGCACAAUUGUGAAGAAAUUAUCUCUCACCCAUAAAUUCAGGUUCCUGAAUAAAGCUGCAGUAAUCCAAGAAGGCGAAUUACGGCCGGACGGAUCACGGACCAAUAAAUGGAACCUGAGCAGCAUUCAACAAAUCGAAGAAGUGAAACUAAUCCUAAGGAUAAUGCCAGUAUGGGCGUCUGGCAUCAUCUGCUUCCUAGCCAUGGCACAACAAGGCACCUUCACCGUAUCACAAGCUCUAAAAAUGGACCGUCAUCUGGGCCCCCACUUCGAAAUCCCGGCUGGAUCACUCGGCGUCAUCUCCAUGAUCACCAUCGGGAUAUGGCUACCCAUUUACGACCGGGUCAUCGUGCCAUCCUUAAGACGGGUCACCAAAAUCGAAGGCGGGAUAACCCUGCUCCAGAGAAUCGGGAUUGGGCUCGUAUUCUCGAUCUUAUCCAUGGUGGCUGCGGGGCUGAUCGAGCCCAUGAGAAGGGCUUCGGCCAACAAGCACGGCGGCUCAACCGGGGUGGCCCCACUCUCGGUACUGUGGCUUUCUCCUCAGCUGAUUCUCAUGGGUUUUGCCGAGGCGUUUAACAUCAUUGGUCAGAUCGAGUUUUACAACAAAGAGUUUCCCGAAAAUAUGACCAGUUUGGCUAACUCUUUGUUCUCCAUCACGGCCGCCGGAGCUAACUAUUUGAGUGUGUUUUUGGUCAACGUCAUUCAUCAUACCACCGGAACCAAAGACCACCCGGAUUGGUUGACCAAGGAUAUCAACCAAGGCAGAGUUGAAUAUUUCUAUUUCCUGAUUGCCGGAUUGGGGGUCUUGAACUUUGGGUAUUUUCUCUAUGUUGCCCCCGGGUACAAAUACAAAAGUAGAGUCAGAGUUGAUGAGGAUGUUGAUGGCGAUCACGAGAUGAAGCCUGACUUUAGCAUUGAGUUAAAUGGACUCAAACCUUGAUAUCCAUCCAUAUCGUCAUAGUAUAAUUAGGUAACAAUAAUAAUAAUACAUAGUGGUAGUGUGUUUCAAUUCCAAUUUAUUAAUCCAGCCAUAUCAUAAAAGAUACUAUAUGGUCUGUGUAGUGUAUAGAGUUAUAUGUUCUCGCUUUACUCAAGUGAAGAAAAUCAAUGAGAAUGAUCAUUUUCUUCCAAUGUUUUCAUAUGAGUCAAGUGAUGCCUCCAUUUAUUUAUUUCUGCAUCGUUGCCUUCUUUUUUUUUUUUUGUUGAUGAUGGCAAAUUAAUUGUGGUGCAAGUUACGUUUUUUUUUUUUCCAAAUAAGAAAAAUGAUCGAAAUCAAGCUUUCCUCA